UUCAACAGCCAGAUGAUCAGAAACCAAGUGCAACACAAAAGGGAAAGAAAACAAAUCUCGCAUGACGCCGCUGAUGAUAAGAUGUGACAAAUUCUACAAUUCCUGAACCAUUCUUCAUUUUUUGUGUUGUUUUUUAAGGAAACAAUCCUUGACUAUAUCUUCUUUUCUUCCAAGAGACAACACAUUCUCUCCUCUCUGCUCUGGAGCAUUAAAUACAGCACUAAUCCAAAAAAGAACAGCACUAAUCCUAAGCAUGUAUAGACCAAAUUCCCAGGUAGUAGAAAUGUCGGCCUUGCGUUGUUCUAAUGGACUAUGUUCACUGCUGAUCAAGAGUCAAAUGUUUAUGAGCCUUAACUGCGCUAAUUCAUCUCGUCAGUUAUAUUCUCCCGUUAACCAAUUGCAUGCUCAUGCUGUUACAAAGUUACUGCAGAGGCCCGAUCAAAACAAGAGACCAACUCCUUCCAUUUAAUCCCACCAUGAAUCCCCUUGUUACAACUCCCCUUGACGCAAUAAAACACCAUGAAUCGCUUUGUUACAACUCACGUGAGCACAAUAAAGCAAAGGGAAACCACCAUAAUUUACUCCUCUCGUCCCCAAGCUCAUUUUCUAGAACUCCAGAUCUUUUCGUAUCGGGAAAAGAGAUGGAAGAUGAGAGGAAAAGAGCCAAGCUGCGCAAAUCCCUGCAGCUCUGCAUCUCCAAGAAACUCAAGAAGAUCCCUCCGAUUCACAUCCCCAGCUCGACCAUUCCCGCAACCAUCGCCAGCAGCAGGCGGCUCCUCUCCACCUGCAGGUUCCCGCGUACCCCAUCGCUAGACAUCGACCAGGCCGCCACCGCUAGCAGCAACAACAACAACAACAACAACAACAACAACAACAACAACAACAACAACAGCGGAGGGCACGCGGCGACGCUCUCCGACGUCGACCGCUUCCUCUUCGACAACUUUCGGUCUCUCUAUAUCCAUGACCGUGACGACGACGACGCGCGUUUUUCGUCAUCGCCCGGGACGUCAUCCACGUCCAUCGUCGACGAGACGCAGCACACCGCAGGAACACCAUCCCUGUCGAACUCAGUCAAGGAAGACACCGGAGAAGCCCGACCAGGUGAUGACACCAGCGAUGAUGCGGCCAUAGUCCUAUUCUCCAUGGACCCUUACACCGACUUCAGGAGGUCCAUGCAGAACAUGAUAAAGAUGCACCACGGUCAGGAAUCUCAGUCACUGGACUGGGACUUCUUGGAGGAGCUACUCUUUUACUACCUGCAGCUCAACGAUCAAAGUGUGCACAGGCACAUUCUCAAGGCCUUUGCCGACCUCACUGCUGGAACCCAAAGGGAUAUCCCAGCCCGUGGAAAACCGCUCUGGGCUGACAAGAGCGUUAGGAGUAGGAAAUACUAGGACACAGAUUCAAAGAUUUAUGUUACAGGAUACAUGUUGCUACUGUACCAUGUCAUCUAUUGUAUAACCUGAUUCGCAUAGAAAUGUAACGGAAUGUAGAAUACAUCUUCCUGUAUUGAAUCCGAAGAAUGUUGUAGACAGAUAUAUGGGUUAAGGAUUCCGAACAGAGAUUCUGACAUUUUAAGGAUUGUUUUGAUUCGUCACGUGUAAACCGGAGGUAGUCUAUUACACACCUCAAUCGUCUGCCCUCUCCCCCUUGCUCUGCUUUCCUUAAUAUUCACCGUCGAGUCAUCAAAGCCAUCAACUAAUUCAGAGGGGCUCGGCUGGCCCGGUCGCCCUACACUAACGUCCCUUCCAAAGGUGAAGCUCUCGUCUUUGGCAACCAGCAAAUGGAGGGCUAAAACUGUAGUUUUGAAGAGUGAUUAAUGCUCCAGAUUUUUGACUUAAUUUGUUUCUUUAUCUAGUGAGCUCAAACAGGAUCUUCAUAGUUGUGUUCCAGUUGGAAAAUUUUAUUUUUUAGUCGUCUUGUCGUUUGAAAUGAAAGAAUUGAAGAAACAAGGCUAA